AGUACGACCCGUACGACCCGGAGCCCACUCAGGUCACCAUGAUCACUGAGGACGUUCUCCCCUACGCCACCACCGCCGAGUCACACUACGCCAAGGAGGACACGGAGACCAUGCGGCUACCGUAUCGUGCGGUCGGGCCGGACACCGGUUCCUUUGAAGAGUCCGGAGACAACGCAGACCUCGGCGAGAGUCCGACGGACUGCAACUGCGAGCCCGGACAGCCCGGCUUCGCUGGCUUCGCCGGACCAAAGGGGUCCAGCGGCCUGCAGGGUAAAACUGGAGAGCCAGCGCCUCAAGGCCGAGAGGGUUAUAAAGGAACCAAAGGGGUUCGAGGAAGAGGAGGAGACACCGGACCAUUGGGCGACGUCGGAGCUGAAGGAGACGACGGAGCUUCUGGUUUCUCUGGAGCCAUGGGAGAACCUGGACUUAUAGGAGACCUAGGAGAGCAGGGAGUGCUGGGUCUGAAGGGGGACGUCGGGAUGGAGGGACCCCGAGGAGGAGUGGGAGGCCCUGGUAUCGCUGGCCCUGGAGGGGAGGCUGGCUCUUCAGGACCGAGCGGAGGUAAAGGGAUCAAGGGGUCUGUUGGGCACGGAGGCAGCGAGGGUCCGAUUGGACGGGACGGACUGAAGGGUCAGAUCGGAGCUCCCGGGUUUCCAGGAGACGUCGGAGACCGAGGAUACACUGGUUAUACUGGACAGACCGGCUCCAUCGGACCAGGCGGACCAAAGGGAACCAAAGGUUACGGCGGCCUGCCGGGCAGCGACGGCGACCCCGGAGAAGACGGUCUGAUGGGAGUCCCCGGGGUGAGCGGAGAGCCGGGGGUGUUCGGAUACAAGGGCAGUAAAGGAGACGGCGGUGUGAAGGGACCUCGAGGCAGAGUGGGCGCUGGGGGAGCUGAAGGAGAACAAGGAGAUGCUGGAGUUUCGGGGAAACUCGGAGCGAAGGGUCUGCAGGCAGCGACUGGAGCCAAAGGUGAGAACGGACCCGAUGGAGAGACGGGCUCAGCGGGAAGGAAGGGCAUCAAAGGUGUGAAAGCCCCAAAGGGCGGCGUGGGAGACCGUGGAGACAAAGGACAGCGUGGCCCUAGAGGAACUGUGGGGCGCAGCGGCCUCUCCGGGCCCCUCGGCCCCCCCGGGCUCCCGGGAACCAGAGGAGAGCUCGGGGCGCUCGGAGACCUCGGUGUUCGAGGCCAGGCGGGACCUAAAGGAGCUCCAGGCCCCUCCGGUCCUGGUCUGACGGAUGAGCAGGUGCUUCAGCUCUGCAGAGGCGUGGUCACCGCCCAGAUCUCCCAGUACGCCUCCUCCAUCCGGGCCAAGUGCUCCCAGGGCUGCCCCAUCAACAACCGGACCCUCAUCGGACCCCCGGGGGGGACGGGGCCCCUGGGGUCAGCGGGAAAAACUGGAAAAGCCGGGAAAGUGGGAUCUAAAGGAGGGAGAGGAGCUCAAGGUGACCGAGGACUGGAGGGACAGAAAGGAGCGCAAGGAGACAGAGGUCAAAAGGGAGGUAAAGCCCGUGCAGGUGAUGCAGGUAAAGGCCUGCCGGGACCCGACGGACCACAAGGCAUCAGAGGUUUGCACGGUCACCCCGCAGAACCCAAGAACGGCAUGGAGGGUCCUCAAGGUCCCCGAGGAUUCCCUGGUGCUGUCGGUCAGUUGGGAAUAUUCGGGAUCGCAGGAGUGCCGGGAAUUUGCGAGGCGCGGGACUGCAGCAUUCAUGCGCCGGUGUCGCGCAAAGAGCAGGGUCUGGUGAAAGGGCCGCUAACUUCAUAUAACAUAUGAACACGAGCGAUGAACACACGAAGAAGGUCAGAGAGCUGGGUUUAACCCUCCUGUCGUGUUCAUGAGAUCUAGAGUUACCCAUUCAUUUCCAAUGGGGGUCAUUUUUGGCCGGGAACAACUCAAAAUUCAAUGAAAGUGGUGAUCAGCAGUUUUAUAUGUUCACAUACUGUACCUACUGUGUUGGACAUCAUAAGGCCUUGAAGCAAUCAAAUGUAAAACACAAUAGUUAUGAUUGAUGAAACACGACAGGAGAGAUAAAUCAGACAAACAGAAAAUGUCAGAGGACCGAGGAUAGAACCCUGAGGCACUCCACUUGGUGGCAGAUUUGGUAAGUAAUGGGAAACUUUGCAGGAACUAAAUAAGAAAAUACUUUUACAUCCGACCCGGACACUGAUUUAGGAGGUUCUUUAUUUUAUAAAGAUCGUCAAACUGUUACAGCUUUAACCAGGAACAAAGACGUCUGUGAUGUGUGUUUCAUUAAAACUCGUAAUGAUUCACAACUGAAUCCUUCGGUUGAGUUUUUGCAUCAGUGUAAAAAAAAACAAACAAAGAAUUCAAAGUGCUAUGUAAAUAUGUUGUAAAGUAUCUCAAAUACAUGUAGUGUGAUCUUUAAAUGUCUGUUUUUAAAUCUGAGUCUUUUUGUCACCACGGAUCUAUUUGUUCAAAAUAAGGAUUUUUUGGUUCCAUAUUUCUGAUUCACUAAAUGACCAUGCAUUGUGAUUAUCAAGCUUUCAAAAUAAAGUUAAAUCUGAUUAUCAUG